CCAAUUGCGCUCCCUCUGCCAAUUGCGCUCCCUCUGCCAAUUGCGCUCCCUCUGCCAAUCGCGCUUCUUGCAGCGUCGACCGUGUGACCACCCUCGGGCUGGACAGUGACAAGAGUUUUUCCCGCACGUUAUGCUGCUAGGGACCCUAGUUCGUAAAACUUGUCGUUUGAAGUACACCGCGACUGCAGAUCGGAAUACUCUUCUUUUUUUUUUGACUGAGCGGCAUUUGAUCGACCCGAGUACUAGCUUGGCCACCAUGACAGACCAAAAGCCUUGGGAAGACAAGGUGAAUGAAGAGUACCACGCCAAUAUCGCGUUAUCGGCAGCACGACCGCCGGCACCGUUCUCGGUUAACAUCUUGAUCCCAAAUGAUGAUUGCGAUGGCGACGACGUUGACGACGGCGGCGGCUACAACAAUAGAAACGCGCGCGGCCAAGCCAAACGCCAACUGAAAUCCCACCAAGACGAGCUCCUGAUGGACCAGUUUCCCGCGUCGUACCGCAGCGACGGCGACGACCUGCACGCGCCGACGGUGCCCAACGCCGGCCUGAUCCUGCGCGAGCUCGACGUCAGACGGCUGCACGACAUCGUGCACCUGCUAUGGCUCGCCGGCCGCCCCGUGCCGCCCCGCCCGCUACACUACCAGCUGUCCGUCGGCCGCGACAUCGUCGUGCGCGAGCUCAUGGAGACUCACCUGGUCUGGGGCUCGGGACACAUCUUCGUCAAGCCCAUCCCGCGCUACCUCCUCAACCCGCGCUUCUGGGCGCUCCACCUAUCCUGCGACCCGUGCAUCGCGCCCGGAGGACGAGAUGGCGAAGAACCGGGUGUCGCGGCUGCGUCAGCUGGAGGGGCAGCUGCGGCUACUACUACAGCUACUACUAUCACGGCUCCCUGCAAUAAUACUAACAACGCGAUACCCUGCUGCCAGCAGCAUCGGCACCUCCGCCAGUGCGCCCUGGGGUUCCUGCUCUCGUACGUCGCGCUAGUGGUACACGAGAGCGACUUCGCCAUCGCCAAGGACAGACGCCUAAUCCCGGAAGAGGUCACCUGGCCGCGGUGGCGGACGUUUGUGCGGCAGAUCCUGGCCGGCGGCGGCAGCGCAAACGGCUUGUACGGCGACGCCGGUGCCGUGGCCCCGCGCUUCAUCUACGGUGAGCUGCGCCUCAACCGGCUCAACAUCAUCCUGUUCGCCCUGCGCGGCCCGCUGUCUGCCGGCUUCAUGCCUACGUGGCGCACGUACGGCAGCUUCCUGCGCGACAACUCGGCUUGGAUCAUCGCCGCGACAGCCUACAUCGUCGUCGUGCUCUCGGCCAUGCAGGUUGGUCUAUCGACGGACCGGCUCGCCGACGAUGCCAGCUUCCAGGCGGCAUCGUACGGGUUCUCGGUGUUUUCUAUCCUAGUACCAAUCGCUAUGUUCUUGUUGCUCGUCCUAUUCUCGGCGUUCUUAUGGAUAUACAAUUCUGCGCGUACGAGGCAGUUUGAGAGGCACCGGGCUAGGGUUUUGGGACGGACUUGGAGUGAUAAGAGGGCGAGGGGCGAGGACGGUCACAGAUCUGUUGCUUGA